AUGGUAACGACAAGAUUGAACGAAAGACUUCAUAUACUUGCUACAAAUACUUCUUGUCCAUGUCAAAGACGAACUCAGUGUUCCGCUGACGAUGGACCAGGAUCAGGUUUUAUUGUAGCAGUAGCUCUUGCAGUUGAGCUGGACUUGAAACGUGGCCCAUCCGAAAAUGAUCUUAUUGAAAGAGCUGAAAAGUUUUGCCGAAGUCUCGAAGGAAGAUGGGCGUUAGGCGACUGUGGCAAUUCACUUAUCAUUAUUGGUUGGAAACAUUAUUCAAAAGUACGUUCUAAUUUUACUUUUCAUUUAUUUGAUCUACAUCUUUUGAGCGACCUAUUCACUCUUACUUUGUCAUUUUCUCUUCUUAUGUAA